UGACAUGUCAUGCAGCACCUGAAGGCAACGGGGAAGGCGCGUUCCACGGACCUCUCGUGGAUCUGACAGUUGCACAUAGCGGAACGUUUAUCGCAUCCAGGCUCAGACGAACGGCAGGAGCCCUCCGGUUCUUUUUAUCCGAUACGGUUCAACUGAAAACGGGAUUUCUUAUUUUAAAACGACUCAAGUUGUUGUCAGAUUUUUUCUACCGUUUGCAAAUGCUUCAAGGGUUCACCUUUGAGUGCCGCUCUGCCAUGAUGUACGGGUUAGCUCGCUAACGUUAGCCGGGGAGCUAGCAUCCACAGUUCGGAGAAAGUAACGGAGUACGCGUUUCUUCGACUACGUGGGAGUCGUCAGAGGGAAUUAAAACAUGGAGAAAAUGAAAGAGCUAUGCCACUGCCUCCAGGACCCUCACCUUGUCGCCCGCUUUCAGAACAUUUGCGGGGUACGGGGCACGUUUACGACCACCGGCAGCAGCAAGGUAGCGGACCGGGCUCACUCGCACAACAACGGCGCUUGUCAUCAUCGCGUCGCCGGAGAGGAUGACCGUGAAAACUUGUCCAAUGUAGGAGCUGGGGAAGGAGAGAAAAUGCAAACGGCGUCAGCGAAGCUUCGGAGAAGGAUUGCGGACUCUAACGUUGCUAAUAACUUUAAAGAUGAAGGUGAAACCCCGUCACAGAACGGGACAGCGGUGUCUGCGGCGACCGCCGGGGGAGAGAGGGUUGGUGUGGGCAGCAGCCUCGCGGGACCGGGCGUCCGCAGCGGGUCCGCGCAAGAUUUAUCCCGGGCAGCCGAUUGUGAGGAGAGCCAGGUCGGAGGAGUCUUGGGUCCCCCACGGAGCAGCAAGGUAAAGCCACUCCGCAAGAAUUCUCUAACGGGCGACGACGGGCAGGAGUUCCUGAUCGACAACCGCUUCUUGUACUAUCUCUUCACUUUCGGAACCGAGCUGGGAAACGAGACUUUCUACAUCACUUUCUUCCCAUUCAUAACGUGGAACGUGGACGCCUUCGUCAGCAGGCGACUGAUCAUGGUGUGGGUCUGGGUCAUGUACCUGGGACAGUGUACCAAGGAUGUGCUCGGCUGGUCCCGACCGGCCUCACCGCCUGUGGUCAAAGUGGAGGUGUUUUACAACUCCGAGUACAGCAUGCCGUCCACGCACGCCAUGUCCGGCACAGCCAUCCCCUUCGCCCUGUACUUCAUGACCUACGGCCGUUGGGAGUACCCAUCCACACUGGGAUUCAUCUUGGCUCUCUGCUGGUGUCUGCUGGUUUGUUCCAGCCGAAUCUACAUGGGAAUGCAUUCGGUGCUGGACGUCAUCGCUGGGUUUCUGUACAGCAUCCUCAUCCUGUGCUUCUUCCUGCCGAUACUGGACCUGAUCGAUGGCUUCAAUUUGACCUGCCGCUACGCUCCAAUCAUCAUCAUCUCCCUCCACCUGGGCCUGGGCCUCUUCUCCUUCACCCUGGACACCUGGAGCACCUCUCGCGGUGACACCGCUCAGAUCCUGGGCACUGGUGCCGGCAUUGCCUUGGCUUCCCAUGUCAACUACUGCCUGGGUCUGAUGCCCGACUUUACACCAGACCAGCUUCCCCUCAGCAUGCCUGCACUUAGCCCCAGCCUGGUGGCUGUUGUAAUGCUGCGGCUCGUUGUGGGAGUGCUGGUGCUGUUGGCCACGCGGGCGCUGAUGAAGGCCAUCACCAUCCCACUGGUGUGCAGAGCGUGUAGAGUGCCCACUGAUGACCUGAGGAAGGCCCGACAGCACAUGGAGGUGGAGCUGCCUUACCGCUACAUCGUCUACGGGACAGUGGGCUUCAACGUGAUCUUCCUGGUCCCGCUGCUCUUCAGCUACAUGCAGCUCUCCUGAUUGGAUGUUACUUGAGUGUGUGGCCAGUCAAAGUGAAGUAAAAACCUAAAUGCUGUCAUCAGAUCAGUUUUGCUGCUUGUUUUCAUCCACAGCCUAAUCCCUAGCUGGAGGUUGCUGGGUUUGGGACUGAUGAAGGUACAUUAAAGCCUAAUUGCUGAUCUGGAUGCAGAGUUUUUAUCAGAUUUUUUGUUUUUGUUGUCUCAGGUUACAUUUAAAGACGGGUGAAUCCUGAGCAAUGGAAAAUCUGCUAAAAUGGGCUUAGACUGUUAUCAGUUCACUAGCGAUAUCUCUUUGUUCUUUAGAUUUAUUUAAGAGUAAAAUCCAGUCAGAUGAUGCUUUGACACUCUCAGAGCUGGAAAGUCACUCCUCAAAUUCAAAAAAGCAUUUCAACAGUGGCCUCUAGAAGACUAAAAAUGCAGGUCAUGACCACUAAUAGAUGAUGUGCAUUAGUGUUUGCAUUGUUAUGACUGAUGUUAUUAUUAAGAGCUCAGGCAAAGAACCAUAGAAGUAUUUUUUUUAGGAAAACUUAAAUUAUUCCAACAACUCAAGUGAAUGAUAAAUCUUCAAACGCCUGACAGAAAAUGUUGAAAAUAAAAAGACGUAGUAAGUCUCACUAACAGUCUGAAAGCCAAAGAUAUCCAGGCACGUGAUGAAUAAAUAAAUAAAUAAAAAAAAAAAAAAAAUAGAAAGCCUUCUUUUAGUCGGAUGUCCAGAUGGAUCAAUGGCAGAAUGAGUUUGGGUUGUAAAUUAAGUGCUUAGUUUAACUAGUUUAAAGAAUGUUGUAGUUUGAGUUCAGUGUCACUGUUGAAACUUUGUGUGGUUCUUUGUCUAGUAGCCUCUUAAUGUUUCUGUUUGAUUAUACUCUCCUUUUUCUCAAUUCUUAAAGCAAUAAGAGACCUUUCAUUUUAUGAUUCUUGUGUUCCUGUACUGGAUCGGAGGAACAAUUAGUCUUUAACCUCUGAACCCCCUGCCUGCGGAGAGGAAACCAGUUUGAUUAAAAUUUUUGAUUUGUUGUUACGUCUCUGAUGUCUGAGAAUUCAGCCACAUUGUUUUUUCAGGAGGUUAGAUUGUGUUUUCUUAAAGGGCUUUCCCCACUAUUUGAGUUCUGAGUUUGACUGCUAUUCCUGCAACCCGAUGGGAGAAAAAAGAAAUACCAGGCACAUACUGUACGAUGCAAAAGGAAAGGAGAAUGCAUCGCUUUGUUUGGGAAAUGUACAGAAAGGGUUUUAAUGGUUUUAUUUUGUUCUCUAAGAAUGACUGGAGUCUGUGCACUCAGCUCAGCCUGUUUUUUUAAUUUUUAUUUUUAAACACUGUAAACUUGCUUCCUAUUAGAGAUGUCGGCUCACAUCCACUUCCUGUUCUUAGCUGAGGGUCUUUUGCUGAUGUCAGGUGGGAGAAGGUGGUGGAGAUAAACCGUCCAGAGGGAAGACAGAAUGAAAGUUUUCUCAUGUUUCUAAAAUUGAAACUCCAUCGACAACUUUUUUGUGCACAACAGGCGCAUUCUAAAAAUAUUAGAAAGUAUUCGACUACAAGUGCAACAUUAUUCACUGUUUUAUCAUGCAUGAAUUUGAUACUUGAUUCUAUAAAUGUAGGAAAAUUUUGUCUUCAAAUUUUGAAUACAAAAUUGCUCCAGAAAAGCGGCGUGAACGUGAACUUUUUAAGUGCCUUUGACAAAAGUAAUCAAACACAUGGUUGCCCUGAGAAGUCAAAUGCACUGCAACAUAAGGAAACCCCAGCAAAUAGAAAAACAAUCCAGAUAGCACACAAAACACAACAGAAGUUGAACAAUAUGCAAUGGAAGUAAACAAAGAAAAUCACACAAAUCACAAAAGAUAUGCUUCUGGGGAGGUGAUAACAUGACGGAACAGCUACACAUGUGACAGUAACCAAAACAUGUCAACUUUUGCACUGAGACGCUAAAAAGAAGCAGAGGUGUUGUAUAACAUGGAGAAGAAGAUGCAAAGUACAGUAUUACUGAUUCUGUAAUACUGUGCAUACAUGUUUGCUAUCAGCUGUUUACCAUCAGGUUAUCACUUCCAUCCGUCACGUUAUUGUCUCCCCAAAAGGAUUUUUGAGGUUUUGCUGCGUUUUGUUUUUUUCCUAUUUCCAUUGUGAAAGAACUAUUUGAUUCAAAUUUAGCUUGAUAAGAUGUUAGAGCAGAAUCUAUCAUCGUAACACUCUGGUGAUGUUAAACUUGUUAAAAAGCACAGGUCUCUCUCUUUUAUAGUAACAUUUGCAAUAAAAAAAAGAAGCUUCCACUCGGACUCUUACCCGAACUUUGUCUCCUCCACACCACAACUAGUGAUUAAUUGGUUAAUUAGUUGAUUAACAAAGCUUCCUUCGACCACUCUAACCUGAACCUGAGUAUAAGGACCGAGGCCAGGAGCCCAGAUGCCUGCUUCCUGUUUCUAAGCUGUGUGUGCCUUGCUUAAAGGCACAUUUAAAAAAAGUUUUUCUCCCAGCAGGAUGCUGCCAUUGACAAACAUUUCUUUAGUCUUAAUUUCUUUCUUCUUCUUUUUUUUGCCAAGCUGAUUUAUUUAUGUUAUUUUUGUGUACGGUACUCUGCUAAAAUAAAUGCACUGUUCCCAGAAUGCACUGUUCCCCCUCCGAGCCAGGUAAAAAUAAUGAAGGUGGAGCUGGUCCUCAAUGCAGUCCGAUCAGUAGUUCCCUUUGAUUUGUCGUCUUGCAGUUGGUUGGCAAACACUAUGACUAGUGACCGUUAUAAUGAAUAGAUGCUUUACUUACAUUAGCACCUGUUAGCUAAUGCAAGUAAGAUUCAGUCAUUUACAGACAUCUGUGCAGUAGCAGAGACAUUUUCCAGUAUAGCAGCUUGAACCAGCAAACAUCUGGAGUCUUCCCUUCAUAAGUGACCUUAACUGUCCCUGGAUACUACAAUUUUCUGUGGUAUGUUUGAGGAAUUAGAUUUUAUUGUUUUUCUGUAGUCGACUACUUCUGUCUGAAAUGAUAAUCCAAUGAUGUGAUGAGAGCUCCUCAUACUUCACUGCUGAUUGCAUUUGUUUAAUUCUUUAGGAUGUUCACAUAUAGUUUAGUAUUUUAACUUGAUCCAGCUGCAGAUUUGCCUCUAAUUAACCGACUCAUCAAAGCCAAACGGACCAGCUUACCCUCUGCAUUUGUCAGCCGCCUGGCUCGUUUCACUUCCUGUGGCCUUGCCUCGUGCACAAAAAUGUUUGUUUGUCGGAGCGUUUGUAUAUUUCUUGACGUUUUUGUGCGUGUGUUUGGGCAUGCGGUUUUGUCUCUGUUCCACAGAAAAGAGAAGUUUAUUUCUGUUUCAGUGACAUAACCCAGUUUGUGUUAAUCCUGUGGCUGAGCUGAGUUUGUGUGAGUGACGGACAGAAGCUCAAACUGCAAGGCAACAUUUGUCAUCUGUGAUAUUUAAGGACAUUUCCCCUGCACAUCGAUAAAGGAGAUGAAGCUGAACUCCCUGACACGUCUCGCUGUGAUAUGUUCCUGUGUUUGUGUUUGGAGACUGGUUUCCACCUGUGGAUGUUCUUUUUUGUGGAGUCAAAGCAGGGCUGGCCUCGUGAUGUUUGACGAGCCUAAUUAUAAACUUAAAGAUGUAUAUUUGGUACAGCAUCUUUAAAAUGCAUCAUAUAGUUUUGUUUGGCUUUGUUUUUUAUAUAAUCUUUAUCGUGAUUUUGCUUUGUUGUGAUCAUGAUCUUUUGUUGAUAUUAUUUCGGUACAUUAAUAUAUUUUUGAAAUCCUAAAUUGAUCUGUCAAAAAUAUAUAGUCUGUGUUAUUUUCUGUGGUAUGAUAUGGCUGAAUUACAGAAUUUCUUUAUUAUUUGUAAUGUCAUUAGGAGAUGGAUGGACAGAGUCACCAAAGUCUAUAUACUGUAAUAACACAAUAAGCUUGUCAAAUUGAUCCUAAUUUAUUAUUAUGAUAACUUUAGUUCUUGCAAUACAAUAUUUAAAACUGUUUUUCCUUAAUCUGUUCAAUGAUUGGUUUAGAGCAGCCAGCUCUGCUUUGUCAACUCACAAGAUGGAGAUUUGAUUUCUUUCUUUCUUUUUUAAAUACUGGAUCUCAGAGGAAAAAACGUCUUUCUUGACCAAAUAUGCAGUAUUUAAACUGUGUAGCUAAACUGCCCUACACGUCAGUGCCUUCCUCUGUCCUCAGCUCUGUGCCGUCAUGUUGCCUCUUGCACUUUGUAGAUGUAUAUAAAUAUGGGAUGAUGAGAAGUUUCCUGUUUAUAAAAAAACAAGAACAGUUUUUAAUAUUGCCCCUACUUUUGCUUUUUAGUUGCUGUCUUGAGGAAAAUUCGCAAGUCUUUGUCUUUAAGUCUACAUGUUUGAUUGAGUUUGCUUUGCAGAAAUGAAUUUGCCUUUUUCUCCCUGAUAAUUUGCGGCUUUCAUUCCAUAUCACAGUCAGAGAGUAGAGAGACGAGGUGAACUCUUGUCAGAGUUUCAGUUUGUAAUCAAACCCUUCAUGAUUCCUUCUUUAUUUGUGAAGUCUCGCUCACUUUCACAGUAUUUUCUUCAUGUUUCUGCAGGGCUUUGUUGUUGGUUUUCAUCUGUGAUUGAAAAUGUGGCUUAUUUCUGUCUGUGUGAAAUAACUGAGAAUAAUAAAU